UUUACCUCACGCAUAUUCUCUAAUUCCACUCUCACAACGCAGCUUGUAUCCACUCAUCUAAUUCAAAAUGGCCGGUGACACUUACACUCCUGGUGACGCUUCUAAGGGUGCUGGUAUCUUCAAGACCCGAUGCGCCCAAUGUCACACCCUUGGUGCUGGUGAACCUCACAAGGUUGGCCCUAACCUCCACGGUCUCAUUGGCCGAAAGUCCGGUCAAGCCGAGGGUUUCUCUUACACUGCCGCCAACGUCAACAAGGGCGUUACUUGGGAAGGACAAACCCUCUUCGAGUACCUUGAAAACCCCAAGAAGUACAUUCCUGGUACCAAGAUGGCCUUUGCUGGUCUCAAGAAGGCCAAGGACAGGAACGACCUCGUCGCCCACCUUGAGGAGGCUACCAAGUAAUAUAGCAUCUUUUUAUGGGACUCGCGGUUUGGAUGAUGCUCUGUUAUAUGACACUAUUUGGUUGAUAGCAUAUGCACUCAUCCAUGUAAUAAUACAGCAGCUAUCCUUUAUUCAUUCACGCCACCGACUCAUUUUAAACUUUCAAGGAUGCUCCUUCCUUCCCGCCGUUUAUGCGUCAUUGCGCCGUCACUUGCGCGACUGGUAUUGAUGCGGACCAACCUUGUCGAGGCGAUUGUUGGCGAGGAAAAUGGACGCUUCUUGAUUGGUGACGGCCGUCCAUUUGAAAUUUCCCAUUGUGGCGGAAUUAUUUCCGUUGGCAUCUUUUGGGUUCUUAAUUACGUCACAAGAGAUCUCGUGUUGUGCCGCCCACUUCGGGCGUGACGGACCGGCAGCAGCAUCGAUGGAUCUGUACAUAGUAUAGUAGUAUUAUUGUCGACGGCUGUUGUUCCCCACGAGGUUCAGGUUCAAGGGUUUCUCAUCACGUUAUUUCCGAACCAUCUUCGUAUAAAAGUUGGAAUCGGAAUUAUUGCUGCACAAGAAAUGGCAAAACGAUAUAUGAAUUUCUAUGUUAUUGUAACGUUUAUUACGAAUCGUAAUUAAUCGGCUUGCCAUAUUGAUGUUUUACCGUCAACUGCCAUUCUUGCACGCCAAGCCCCCUACUUUGACAGACGUCCCAGUUUUGUCGACAAGUUGACGGGCUCUCCUCCUGGUGCCAAAGAGUCUGAAUUCUUAGAACACCGGCUGGAAAGUGGGAGAAUGGGAAGGCAUUCGCAAAGAUCGGAGCAGGAUAUGCUGAGCUGAUCAAGCAAGCUGUGCUGUAGGAGAGAAGAGUACAGAGCGCUUGGAAGUACGAGUCCAUUACACAACUAAGAAGGGUUGUCCUUAAGAGCUUUUAACAAUCGUUGAUAGGUGUCUUUCAAAGGCAGUUAUGUACAAAGCAUAAGAGUAACAAACAACAUAUGUAAAAUAGUUGGAUGUG